ACGAGACCGGAAGUGCUGGCGAGCGCCUCCUUUUCGCGGCGCGUCACCUACCCAACACCGCUGGCCGGCCCGGCGUGAAGGCGGCCGCCGCGUAACCCGAGUCCCAGGAGCGGAGGUGACCACCGAGAAGGUCCCAACACUAAGUGGCGCCCUCCUCAACGCCACUACGCCACGUCCCCUCCCCUACCCCGCUAAACCGACCCGCCUUCCAGUCGCGUGCCGUCCGUCUUCCGCGCCUGCGUGGAACCUGGCCGCGCGCGCGCGCCUAAAGCCACGCCCCACGCGUUGGCCACGCCCUCGGAGGCUCCGCCCCUGUCGCCCGGAUCCCACCCCUCUGCUCGCAGGACCCCGAACCCCAAUGAUCCUGCAGCAACCCCUGGAGCGAGGCCCCCAGGGUCGGGCCCAGCGCGACCCGCGGGCCGUCUCAGGGGCGUCCCGAGGCCUGGACGCGAGGUCUCCAUCAGACUACCUCUCCUCUGAAUAUCCCAGCCUGCCUGCCUCCCCGUCUCUCCCCAGGGAGCCCCUGCGCAAGCAGUUCCUGUCUGAGGAGAACAUGGUCACCCACUUCUCUCGACUCAGCCUGCACAAUGACCACCCUUACUGCAGCCCCCCCAUGGCUUUCCCCCCAGCUCUGCCCCCACUCAGAAGCCCUUGCUCUGAGCUGCUUCUCUGGCGCUACCCUGGGAACCUGAUCCCUGAGGCGCUCCGGUUGCUGAGGCUGGGGGACACCCCCACCCCCCACUACCCUGCAACCCCAGCUGGGGACAUAAUGGAGCUCUGAGUGCUGGGGGGCAGUGCCCCUGCCCACCUUCCUUCUUCCCCACAACAGGGGAGGCCAGCACUCCCACAAAGGGACCAGCUGCCCUGCUUUUCCUCCAGACCAGGCCUCUGGGCACCAGGACCUUCCCCCAACAGAGGACACUGAGCCCCACGGAGCCCUGGGGUGGGAGGGGCAGGAGCAUGGGAAGGGAGCCGUGCCCUCCCCAGAGAACUGAAUAAAGAUUGCUGAGCAAA